AUGGCUGCUCAUCAUCUCGACGAAAAGUCUGCACAGGAGUGGGAGGAGAGUAUCGAUCAUACUACAGCUAUCGCUCUGGCUGCGAGCUACGUCCCCGGAUCACCAGAAGAAAAGAGGCUAUUGCGCAAACUGGACUUUCGCAUCAUCCCUUGUUGUUGGGUUCUUUUCGUGCUGGGCUACUUAGACCGCGCAAAUAUCGGAAAUGCCAAGACCGGCGGCCUGGAAGAUGACUUCAAUCUAACAUCAAAUCAAUACUCCGUCAUCCUUCUACUUUUCUUCGUCUCCUAUGUCAUCUUCGAAGUCCCCUCCAACAUGAUAAUCGCCCGCGUGCGACCGUCCUUGUAUCUCUGCGGCCUGGCUCUGCUAUGGGGGGGUAGUUGCCGCAUCAAUGGCCGCGACGAGGAACUGGAAACAACUCGCUGCUGUGAGGUUUGUUCUCGGUCUGGAUUCGCUCCUGGCAUUGCGUUUUAUCUUUCAUCUUGGUGUGUUCUGUCAUUUCCGUUCAGUUCAAAGACAUUGGUGACCAAAUAUGCUAAUUUCUCCAGGUAUCGAAGAUAUGAGCUUGCCACUCGGUUUGCAAUAUAUUACACGGCCGUGGCCGUGGCUGGAGGUUUGUCGGGGUUGCUCGCAGGUGUAAUCACCGAAUAUCUGGACGGAGCUCGAGGAAUUGAUGGGUGGAGAUGGUUAUUUAUCAUCGAAGGCUGUGGAUCGUCCUUUGUUGGGUGUAUCCUUUGGUUCUUCAUGGCAGACUACCCAUCAAACACACGCUGGCUCACGCCAGAAGAGCAACUUCUCGCCAGCCAACGUCUUGCAUAUGAUGGCCUGGGCAAUACACAAGGUGCCCAUGGACGAGUCUCGGAGAAGGAAGCUUUGAAGAUGGUUGUCAAAGACUGGAGAACUUGGACUCUUGCUCUGCUUUAUGCCCUUGUUACCGGAGCACAGACAAUCCAGUACUUUAUUCCCACGCUUGUCAAGAGUUUCGGGUGGAAGGACUGGCAAGGGCAAUGUAAGUUGCCACCACAUGGCCCUGUCACUUAUAGUCCGCAAAAGGAACUUGAACUAACUGCUAUAGAUCAUACCAUUCCACCCUACGCAUGCGCUGUAGUAUUUAUCUUAGUCUUCUGCUUCGUCGCAGAUCACUUCAAGAAUAAGGCCUACUUCAUCUCGCUAUUUUCCGGAAUUGGAACGAUAUUUUUCAUCGUUGUCUGCGCGAAUAGCAACGACACUGUCCGCUAUAUCUUCACCACUUUCGCCUUCGGGUGUAUCUACGGCACAUCCCCUCUCGUCCUGAUGUGGGUUGCGAAUAUCAUCUGCUACCCAGCUGAGAAGCGCGCGGUGGCCAUUGGUUUGGUCAAUGCGCUUGGAAACACUGCUUCCAUCUAUGGCGUUUUCCUAUGGCCAGACCAUGAUGCGCCCCGGUAUAUUCCCGGAUUCAGUGCGACGACUGUUUGGAUGGGUGCUAUUUGUAUUGUUUCACUAGUUGCUGGGUAUUUGUUUAAGAAAUACCCCAUUGAGGCGCCGGAGCCGGAGGAGGUGGUUGCUGCGGAGAUUCGGAGACAGAGGGAGAGAGGGCAUGUUCCGACAAAGGCCUAA